UGAACAUGACUCGCGGUGUGGCUUCCAAUUGACAUUGUGUUCUCUAGCAUUUGAAUCUUUCAUCUUUCCCUCUUUGCACCUACUACUAUCUAUUUAUUCCUAAAAUUAGAGAGCAUUACAAACGCCUUCUUCCAUUGUCUUAACUAAUUUAUUUGUACCGUUAAUGAUCUUUGCUGUCUCACCUUUUUCCUAAUCCACAAGGCACUACUCUCCAUGACACCUCACCGCAUAGAAAUUUCCAGCACUAUCAAUAUUACUUGAAGAAAAGAAAAUCUUUUUCUAGCUUGGAACCCUCUCAGCCUUAUAGUAUUCUAGAGAAAUCAAUGGCAACAAGAUGGCAUCCACUCCUUCGAAUCGGCUGAGAUUGACUCCAUCGAACUCACCUUACCUUCCUCAUCCUAUUCGGUCGCCUUUCCGAGGCCGACCGCCCAUGGACCCUCGCCUGUCUUUGAAACGAGUUGUCGGUACCACUUGUGUUUCGCCCACCGGUUUUGACACCGUAAACUCUUCCUUUGCCUAUAUCGCAGGCGCAGCCGUGGUCGUGGUAGAUGUCGACGGAGCUGAAUAUACUCAGCGUUUUUUCAGAGCUCGCCCGACCGCUCUCCCCAUCUAUAGCACUCCUCCGCUUCCUUACUCUCCAUCGACACCAACGCAAACUCCGAAAGCGAACGAUAGUCGAAAUAGAGUCUCUUUGCGAGAGUCGACAUUUGGCACCCAUGAUUGGGCUGAAUCCCCCACGUCAUCGAAGACGUGGACCAGUCGAGAACGGAUCAAGGCCGCAACGUGUUUGGCUCUCAGUAAGGAGGGGAGAUUUCUAGCCGUUGGAGAAACCGGUUACGCUCCUCGAGUGCUCAUUUUCAAUCUUGAGGACAACUCGUCGGAUACUCCCCUCGUCUCUAUUAGCGAGCAUGCAUAUGGAGUCCAAGCUGUUGCUUGGUCACCCGACUCAAAAUACCUCGCCUCGCUCGGAUCCGCCAACGAUGGCUUCCUAUACAUUUGGAAGAUCGACCCCAAGACUGGUGCUGCAAAGCUGUUUCAACAAAACAGAUGCACAUCUUAUAUCCGGGGUAUGAUAUGGGUUGGCAACAAUCUAAUCACUUUAGGUGUGCGUUAUGUAAAAGUGUGGCGAAUUGAAGAGGGCCAAUCGACGUCUCCCUUAAAGCAAAAAUUCGUUGGAGAGUCGAGUACGACCCCUCAGCCACAUCAAAAGACGUUACCUGGCCGAAACGUUUUGCUUCGUAACAUGAUAGACGCAACAUUUUCAUGCGCCGUUGCCAUCGACGAUACAAAGGCCAUCAUUUGCUCUGAGACGGGCGAUAUAUGCCUUUUCGACGAUACGGAUAAGCAGAUGAAGUUGACUAAUGUCCUCGAAAGUGGAUUUAUAACAACUUGUGUCACGAUCCGUGGAAACGUCGUGUAUCUCGGCGGUAAAUCGGGAACCUUGGCCACUCUUGAUUUGGAAGCCUUCCUCAAGUGCAGUCCGGAUUGUUUGAAUACAGAAGUAGGCUCAUUUUCGGGCAUUCUUGCCAUGGGCUUUCUUAAGGAGAAUAUGGUUACAGUCGAUGUCAAGCGUUCCAUCCAUGUCUGGAACCUUGAAUAUGCCCAGGAAAAAUUAGAAUUCAAAGAGCCGAUUCCAAUCCCUGGACAUCGAGAACCAGUCUUGGGUGUCGAAGCUCUCAAGCGUCCGAAUGCUCCGGGCGCGGACUUUUACAGCUGGUCUGGAUCUGGAGAAGUUAUACUGUGGGAUGUUGAAGGCAAGGUCAAGCGCUCCUUUCAGGUCCCGCUUGAAGAGGCUUGCUGCGAUGAUGAAUCCGAUGUGCUCAAUCAGUUAACCCUAGUUCGAGCCACAGAGGGCGGCAAUUUCUUUGUCACGGGCGAUAAAUUGGGAAUUAUCAAGAUUAUCGACUUUUCAACUAUGAAAUGUGUGUCUUCUAUGAAAGCUCAUGCUUCUGAUUGCCAAUUCAUCACCACAUUCGAGGACAAGUCAAAAUUCAUUAUUGCGACUUGUGGUCGAGAUCGUACAGCGCAAUUAUUCCACAAGACGGCCGGUGGCAAAUUCGAACAUUUCCAAACUCUCGAGUUUGCUGCUAGAGUGGUCCAAGUACUGGUCCCAUCGGCCGACAGGGUGAUUACCUGUUCUCUAGAUAGGGCAUUGCAAGUCCACGAUCUGAUAACGAAGGAGGGUGAUCCAGAUGUUAUGGCGGCUAUCCCUUCCAAGACCCUUCCCUUGAAGGUUUCCCCAGCAUCGAUGGCAAUGGGACCAGAUGGGAAGUCAUUGUUUGUGUCGCUUUCAGAUCGAUCCGUUUGCUCGUUCGAUCUGGAAAAUGGGAAGCUUGCGAAUUCAUUCAAAUGUACCGACGAAAGCGGGACCGAAUCUGUUGUGUUGGAUUCCCUUAUUGCCCGGGCAGCUACUGAUAAGGAGCCCGCGUUUCUCCUCGGCCUCUCGAAUACCGACAAGUCAAUCAGGAUAUACGACACACAGACAGGCACAUUCUUAGAUCGCGAAUGGGGUCAUACUGAGGCCAUCAAUGGAAUAGCACUGCUCGAGGAGGAGGGCGGCAAGCGAAGGGCUGUAAGUGUCGGAUCCGAUGGCACGAUUAUGAUAUGGGACAUGGAUUUACAAGAUCCAUCAUGGGGCACAUCUACUCGCGAACCGUCUCCAAUCAAAGACAGUUCCACUGUCUCCCGACCCACACUCCGACGUGUUUUUUCCAAGGCUGAGUUGGCUGAAUUUCAGCGAUCCUCCCCUUCUAUCGCUGGCCGACGAUCACCUCCACGCACACUCAACAAAAGAAAAUCUAUAUAUAACUUAGCAUCUACGCCCUCAUCAAGGACGCCUAUUGCCCCACUUCAAACCGGACCUGCGCUCACUGUUCCUGAGGAUACACCGUGUAGACGGCCAUCAGCGGAUAGUCGGUGUACCAGUCCACCAGCGAGUCCCAGGACUAAAGUAAGAAGGCGCCCAUCUCUACCCGUGCUUAAUUCCAAUAAAACAAAGAGUAAUGGUAAUUUGAGGGCAUUCGGUAGCCUCAGUAUGGCCACCGAGCAGGCUUGUCGGACACUCCGAGCCUAUCGAAAGAAGCUUUCAUCUACAGAUCCAAUUAGCCAAGAGGUCCUGGCUGAGUUAGAUCAAGAAUUACGCCUCACGGCUGUCGCAUUGGGCGACAGGGCUACGAGAAGUAAAGCCAUGAGUGAUUCUAUGCUCAACGGCCUUCUCGAUCAAUACUCGGAGCGUUUAGUUGCCCUGCUAGACGAAAAACUCCGGAUAAAUUAUCGAUCACCCUCGGAUCAAGAGCCGGACUCGCCCAGUAAACGUCCCGGGUCAUCCGGAGCCGACUCUAGUAGCGGCUCAACAUAAUUCGUACACUCAUUCGUAAUAUGUAUUAGCCAUUUGUACAUCAAAAAAUGCGCAGUGUAAAGAAUGCGCUAUAGCAUGAAGGAACUAAGGAAGGAGGGUGG